AGAAAUAAUCAUAUAGAAAAUACAAUCGCAAGAAAAAGAAGUAAGAGAUAAUCCAAAAUCAGCAUCAUCCGUUGGCGUCAAUAAAGAAAACUUUGAAGAAUUUCAAAACCAAUCUGCUGCUUCAAAGGCACCAUUUGCAGAAACCCAAAAAGCUUGUUUGCUUGCGUGAAGCCAAGAUAAAGAUCAAAAUCAAGAUUCGGGCUUCAAGCUUCAAGCAAUAAACACAUAAUCAGUGUUUUUGUGUGUACAAAUUUCAAACUUAACGGUUUAUGAGCUCACUAUAUAACUGCCACUGCCUCAUCUUUCUCUUCAUCAUCAUCUUCUCUCUGUAAAUUCUCUCUCACAGUGAAAAUUAUUGAGUGAUCACUUACAGAUAGCUGAAAGUAUAUUUAACAGUGCUUAAAUAGGCUGCAAAAGCGUUGGACGCAUAUAGGAAGAAAUGGGUUCCAAUAGUGCCAUAUACAGCAUCCUUUUUUUCUUCUUCAUCGUGUUGAAUGCUGUUUGUCAAUCUUCUGCAACUGAAAUUGAAGAAAGCCAGACAGCACUGCUUUUCGUUAAUUCCUCCGAAACGUCAGCAAAGAAAAUACCCGAGACCUUGUUUGGCAUAUUUUUCGAGGAGAUUAACCAUGCUGGAGCUGGAGGAUUGUGGGCCGAGCUUGUCAGUAAUCGAGGUUUUGAAGCUGGGGGUCCCAAUACACCUUCAAACAUCGAUCCCUGGUCUAUUAUCGGGGAUGAAUCAUCUUUAAUUGUAUCAACAGAACGUGCAUCGUGCUUUCCUCGAAAUAAAAUUGCUCUGCGAAUGGAGGUGCUCUGUGAUAAUGAAGGCACAAGUAUCUGUCCAGCUGGAGGAGUUGGUAUAUAUAACCCUGGUUUCUGGGGCAUGAAUAUUGAAAAAGGGAAAACCUAUAAAUUGGUGCUCUAUGUUCGUUCAGAAGGAUCAAUUGAUUUGUCUGUGUCCUUGACGGGUUCAAAUGGAUUGCAGACAUUGGCUACUGCUAACUUUAAAGAUUCUCAUGUUUUGAACUGGACAAAAAUGGAGGUAUUGUUGCAUGCACAAGGAGCUGAUGCAAAAUCAAGACUUCAGCUCACCACGACCAAGAAAGGUGUUAUUUGGUUUGAUCAAGUAUCAUUGAUGCCUACAGAUACUUACAAGGGACACGGUUUUCGCAAUGAUCUUUUUGAAAUGACGAAAGAUUUGAGACCGGCAUUUAUCAGAUUUCCAGGUGGUUGUUUUGUCGAAGGUGAAUGGUUAAGAAAUGCAUUUCGUUGGAAAGAAACUGUUGGACCAUGGGAAGAGAGGCCUGGGCAUUUUGGUGAUGUUUGGCAUUACUGGACCGAUGAUGGUCUUGGUCAUUUUGAGUUUCUCCAGCUUGCUGAGGACUUGGAUGCAGCACCAGUAUGGGUUUUCAACAACGGGGUCAGUCACAACGAUCAAGUUGACACUUCCAGCGUCUUACCUUUUGUACAAGAAAUUCUCGAUGGUAUUGAGUUUGCUAGAGGCGAUCCUCAAUCAAAAUGGGGUUCUCUUCGAGCUUCAAUGGGACACCCAGAACCUUUUGAUUUGAAAUAUGUUGCAGUUGGGAAUGAGGAUUGCGGGAAGAAAAAUUAUAUUGGGAACUACCUCAAGUUCUACAAUGCUAUAAAAAAUGCAUAUCCGGACAUCAAAAUAAUCUCAAACUGUGAUGGUUCUUCUAAACCAUUGGAUCACCCUGCUGAUAUGUAUGAUUAUCAUAUUUAUACUGGUGCAAAUAAUAUGUUUUCCUCGGCAAGAAAGUUCGACCAAGUCUCGCGCAAUGGUCCGAAGGCUUUUGUCAGUGAAUAUGCUGUGAAUGGAGAUGAUGCUGGCAAAGGCAGUCUUUUAGCAGCUCUUGCAGAAGCUGGAUUCGUUAUUGGCCUUGAAAGAAACUGUGAUGCCAUUGAAAUGGCAAGUUACGCACCUUUAUUUGUUAAUAACAAUGACAGAACGUGGAGCCCAGACGCAAUUGUCUUCGACUCAGCGCAGAUGUAUGGAACUCCUAGCUAUUGGAUGCAGCAUUUUUUCAGGGAGUCGAAUGGUGCAACUCUUCUAAGUUCAACUCUUCAAGCUAACUCUUCAAGUUCUCUAAUUGCUUCCGCUAUCGUUUGGAAAAAUUCAGAGGAUAGCAAGAAAUACAUUAGAAUAAAGGUUGUGAAUUUCGGAAGCAACAACGUGACUCUCAAAAUAUUUAUUGAUGGACUGGAGCUGAACUCGGUCCCAUCCCUUGGAUUGACAAAGACUGAAUUAACAUCUAGUAAUCUGAAGGAUGAAAAUUCCUUCCAGGCACCCAAGAAGGUGACGCCGGUUAAAACUUCAAUGGAGGAGGCUGGUGGGAAAAAGGACAUCGUGCUUUCUCCACAUUCGUUUACUUCAUUUGACUUUUUAUCGAAAUCAAACUAUAUCCAGAUUGUAGGAUCUGAUAAUGCUGAUAAAUAUUCUCCAUAUUAAGUAUAAAGAUCGAAUGAGGAAUGAAUAUUAGUAAUAAAGAUUGUUUAAUGUUAAUGAUAUAUGUAUUGUCUAUGUUAAAUUCAAAAUUGAGUUAGAUUUAA